UAUCUGCCCACCGAGAGUGACUCACCCUACAGACUCCGCAAGGCAGAAAGAAACGGUCGUGCUGACAUACAUAUGCAUGACGAUAAACAAAGAAAAAGGAGGAGCCAACGACGACGACACAAAUCCACGCCGUGGACCCGGCGAUUUGAAGGCGAACCCGCGAAUGGACUUAGUGUGCAGUCGUGGCGUUGCUGGAUAUCGAGGAAUAUUCGCUCACAGCGCGUUCACACUUCGCUGUAAUUCCACAGAAUAACACAAAGUGCUUACGAGUGGACUUGGCCAAUGACUUCAUUUGAUUUGCUUGACUUCAUCCAUGUUUCUUUUUUCCCCGAGACGUCAAAUGGAAAAAGUCAUGCGUUCCUCCGUUACGACGGGCCCACCUGCGAGCUCCAAUCUCCUCUAAUCACUUAUUUAAUCACUUCUCGCUAUGAAUAGUUUGCUGAUUCGAUCGUGCCCUCGUACUCGAUGGAGUUCAUUGUGGCGGGAGGUGGCUCACCGGAGUUCUGCCGCCGCAUGGGGCGGAGCUGCAGCAGCAGCACCGACUCCGGAAGUGUGUUCAGUGAAUGCCGCAGCGAGCGUUCCGACGAUCUCUCCCUACCCGGUUCUCCGUUUUGCGUCGGCGCCGCCUCCUCAUCCGACUCCCUCCGUAGCUUCCUCUUCUCCUCGUCCGGAUGCUCGGACGAUGAUAUCCGAAGCCUCGUUUCCGACCUCGAAUCGCCCUACGUUGAGUCGCAGCGCCGAGCAGCUAUGGAGCUCCGCCUCCUCGCCAAGCCCAGCACCACCGAUAUCCGCAUCCGCAUCGCGUGCGCCGGGGCGGUGACGCCCCUCGUGGCGCUUCUCUCCCACCCGGACCCGCAGCUGCAGGAGCACGCUGUCACCGCCGUCCUCAAUCUAUCCCUUUGCGACGAGAACAAGGCCCCGAUCGCCGCCGCCGGUGCGGUCCCCAACCUCGUCCGCGCCCUCGUAACCGGCACGCCCGUAGCCCGCGGGAACGCCGCCUUUGCCCUCGUCCCCCUCGCGGAGCUCGCCGACGUGCGCGCCUCCAUAGGAUUAUGCGGCGCCAUCCCUCCCAUCGUGGAUCUCCUCCAGACAGGCGACGCCCGAAGGAAGAAGGACGCCGCCGCCUCCUCCCUCUUCAAGCUGCUGGUCGUGGAGGGCAACGCUGCCGUGGCAGCGGAGGCCGGGGUGGUCCCUCCGCUGCUGGAGAUGAUGGCCGAUCCGGAGUUGGGCAUGGUGGACAAGGCCGCCUACGUGCUCCUGCGAGUGCUGGCUUCGCCGGAGGGCCGGGCGGCUACCUUGGACGAGGGCGGCGUGGGGGUGCUGGUGGAUAUGCUGGAACUGGGCAGCAAGAGGCAGAAGGAGGUUGCGAUGCUGUCGCUCGUGGAGAUAUGCAAGGAGUGCGAAGCCUACCGGAGGAUCGUCGUCCGCGAGGGAGCCAUCCCGCCGCUCGUUACCCUCUCCCAUUCCUGCUCCAGAAGGGUCAAGGAGAAGGUUACGAGUUUAGUUACGCUGUUACGUCAAAGUACGACUCGGGGGCGUUUAACGGAACCGGGGACAGUGCCGUCGGAUGCUAGAAGUCACGACUUCGGUGACGACUCGAGGAUGUGAGCAGACACCGUCCACGUUGGCAGUUCUCGAUUCGUGACUUAAGUCGGUGCUUUUUUCGUGUUUUUUCCCACUGUAAAAAUUAAAAUAUUCUUAUGUUUUUUCCCCAAUAUUUUUUUAGAAAAUAUCGGUGGAAUAGGGAACUAGAUCGUUGUAUUUUCCAUGUAUGCGCACAAUUUUUUAACGAUAGUUUCUGACAGGAUUUUUAUUCA